AUGCCGCAGGUCGCGUUCGCGGGGAGGUCUAAUGCAGGGAAGAGCACCCUAGUUAAUGAGCUCUGUGGACGCAGCGGCACCGCCGCCGUCUCGAGGAGACCAGGGAGUACCCAAGAGCUGUUUUUCUUCAAGGCCGGAUCUCCGUGCUCUUUGUGCCUAGUGGAUCUUCCUGGAUACGGCUACGCCGAGGCACAACCGUCGAAGCGAUUACAGUGGACAGAAAUGUGUUUAUUUUACCUAAGGACCCGCCCAAAUCUCAGACGAGUCUUUCUGCUCGUGGACGCCCGUUGGGGGUUGAAGUCGAGCGAUCUUUGUCUACUGUCCUUCUUCGAGCGCCACCACGUCCCCUAUCAGAUCGUACUGACAAAGGCUGACCUGCCUGAGCAAAAGUCUCUCAUAAAAGUGACAGAAGAAGUCAAGAGAUUUAAAGGAUGCGUGGGCCCCCCCUUGGCAGUUAGCGCUCUUCGCCACAGGGGCCUUAACCCCCUUCGUGCAGAAGUUGAGAAGUUACAGCUUUCUAAGGAAUUCGUCAUUGGCCGGCUUCGACUCCAGGCAGCAAAUUUGGUAGAGGCGCGUCGUCUGAAGAAGGAAGCGCGCAAAAGGAGAAAGGACCUGAGCAAGCCCUUUAUUGCUGAACAUACACAGAAGGCAGCGCCAAGGCCGGUGAAGACCACAACAGCACAGGUUCCUCUGACGCAGCAGGAACAGCUGGAAGGGGCACAGACUACGGAGAGCCCCGUGACGAGAGCUGUGGAACGAUGGGGCUCGCUUCUGAGUGGAGAUGUCAUGAAAGAAAGGAAUGUUACGAGUAGUUUCAGCGCCUUUGGCGAUGCGCCCCUCAUGGGAAGUGGAAAUGGGGACAUCACGGAAGAUACGGCUGAUGGGGAUGCAGUGAGCGAGCCACCCACACCUCUAUCCGACCACCUGUACGCUGAAACUGCCGCAGAUCAAGUGACUGGAAUCGAACAUCAUACGGGGGAGAUUCGAAGAGCUACGGACAACAACUCGCUGAGCCCUUCCCUCGCCGCCGCAGUAAACAGGGCAGCAGGGGCGCUACCGCUUUCUGGUUUGGCUUACGCAGAAGCGCUUAUAAGCGACUUACUGCCGGCUCCUUCGCUCAUAUUUUCGCGUGCAGAGGGCCGUUCGAAACGGCAUGGAGUGAAUGGCGAAGAGUCAACGUCCGGUGUGUUUUCCAAUGGAAAGACGACCGAAGGCGAUGAGCAAGUUCUGUCGACACGAGGCGACCUGCCUUCACCUCCUCAGAGCGUCUGCAUCACCGUGAAGCCGAAUAUUUCGGACUGGACUAGCUCGGUAUAUCACGAGGUCCGCUUUGGAAGGUCACAUGACGUUGCUGCUGAUUCUCAUGCAGGCAUGGAGAGUAAGAAGUCUCGAAUAUUUACCCUAAAGGGCUGCGACGACUGGGAUCCUUCCCUAAGGCCUCCUCGGUCGGUUUUGUCAUCUGCAGUCCCUCCUCUUGGUCCAAACCAUGCACAAGAGAGUCUACAGGAGUGCAAGAAAAAUAGCAUCACCACAACAGUAGAGCAUCACGAUAGCCAUCAUUUGAAACCAGCGGGCAAGCGGUUGCUGGACCUCCUACACGACAGUGAUUGGCGUACGCGGCGCCUCAGUCGCAUUGCUGCGGAAAUCGAUAUGGGGCUCUGCAGAGAUGAGGAGGCGGAAAUCAGCGUUUCUAGUCCUCAUUUCGCGCCAAUUGACAGUGACAACAGGAGACAUACAGCAGCACAUCUUCGCCUGCCACAAGGCAACCCAACAAAAGCAACAGCAACUGAAAAAAGACCACACGCCUUCCCAGAUUUAGGGGCUGUUGUAAGCGCCCAAGAACAGCAACAGGAAUGUCGAAAGCAGCACAACGCUAGCAUGAGCGAACGUAUUUGGUCAAGGCAGUGGCAACCCAAGGGCCGGUUAGGAGCCGCAGCUGUGCUAGAUUCAGAGUCUCUUGCAGCAGAGGCACUUGGACAAAGCACAGCGCAGUUAAAAGGUCGCACAGAGUACCCUCCGGACCCAUCACACUAUAAAGGAAUCUACGAACUUGACAUGCACCGCUGCUAUAACAAGAAAUGGCGUUGCGAGCUUGUUCCAGUAGGAGACGCUCCUCAAUAUGAAAAACUGAAUGCCGACCGAAGACAACGGCAACAAAAUAAAGGAGAUGAUCAUACAAACACAACAGGGCGUAAGAAAGUUUUCCGCAUCCCGGAUGACUACAUAACUACUCGCGAGGACAGGUGCAAGGCAGUUACAAACAGGCUGGCCCUUGAAAUCCGCUUACAGAGAGCUGAAUCCCACAGGUCGUCGGAUACUCUCAAACCGCACGAGGAAGGGAAUCGAAGCGCUGCUGCUUUGGUCUUGUCUGCGGCUCAACGGCGUCAGGAAGGUCGGCUGAAGGAGCUUGCAUCAGAUGCCUUCAGAAGGAGAGGCCGUUCUAAAGAAAUGACGUGGGAUGCCGCCUACAAGAAGUGGACUCGUUGGGCAAGAGCAAAUCCAGGCCUCGCCAGAGGUGAAGGCAUACAGGUAGCGAAAUUCUUCAUCCCCUUCCGUAAGGCGCUACAGCGAAACCUGCCGUCACAGGUACGGCGUAUCCGAUUGAAGCGCGGCUAA